GCCAGAGAGCCCCCCCUCCCUCCCCCACUCUGAGCUUCUGGCUCUUCCCGCUUGGUGUCCUUUACAGAGCGCGGAGGGAAGCUGCAACCUGCCUUCCGGUCUGGGCGGCUCCUCCCCUUCCCUCCCCAUGCUCGGGCCGCGGGUGCGGGGAGAGGCCGCCGCCGGAGACCGAAGGGAGCCCUCGCGGCUGGUGCGCUUCCCGACUGCUUGGGCCGAAAGCCAAGCCCGACCGAGUGAAUGAGGCGCAGCUGGGGGGGGGGGAGCGAGAGAGGUCGCCGACGGGAAUUGAAGUUCAGCUGCAGGCCCGCCUCCUCGCCGUGGACGACGUUCCUCGUGGAUUGGCGGCGCUUUGGACAAAGCUCAUUGGGCAGUCAUCCCUAAGCGGCCCAGGAUUGGCGCGUAGGGGUGGGUGCCCUGCGCGGUUGGAUGCCGGCGACGCCCGUCACGGCUUGAGAGGGCGGCGUGCGGAAGCCCUCGGCUCAGCGGCCCGGAUUGGCUCUCGGCAGUCGCCUGCCCUCUCCUUGGUGGGCAGGACAGCCUCUGCCGCCCCGCGUCCAGUCCCGUGAAGCCGGAAGCGAGGACGCGGCCGUUCGGGAUGCGGGUGACGGUGGACUUCGAGGAAUGCCUGAAGGACUCGCCCCGCUUCCGGGCUGCCCUAGAAGAUGUGGAAGGAGACGUCACUGAGCUCGAGCUGAAGCUGGACAAGCUAGUGAAGCUCUGCAUCGCCAUGAUUGAUACCGGGAAGGCCUUCUGUGGGGCAAACAAGCAGUUCAUCCACGGCCUCCGGGAUCUGGCCCAUUACUCGAGCAAGGAUGAGCUGGUGGAGGGCAGCUUGACAAAGUUCUCCGACAGCCUCCAGGAGAUGAUCAAUUACCACAUGAUCCUGUUUGACCAGACCCAAAGGUCAAUUAAAGCACAACUCCAGAUGUUCGUUAAAGAAGACAUACGGAAGUUCAAAGAUGGCAAGAAGCAGUUUGAGAAAGUGAGUGAGGAGAAGGAGAAUGCCCUGGCCAAAAAUGCCCAGGCCCCCAGGAACAAGCAGCAUGAAGUCGAAGAGGCCACCAACAUCCUCACUGCCACCCGGAAAUGCUUCCGGCACAUCGCUCUGGACUAUGUACUGCAGAUCAAUGUCCUUCAAUCAAAGAGGAGAUCGGAGAUCCUAAAAUCGAUGCUGUCCUUCAUGUGCGCUCACCUGGCCUUUUUCCACCAAGGCUACGACCUGUUCAGCGAACUGGGGCCCUACAUGAAGGAGCUGGGUGCUCAGCUGGACCAUCUGGCUCUGGACGCAGCCAGGGAGAAGAAGGAGAUGGAGCAGAAGCAUUCCACCAUUCAGCAGAAGGACUUCUCCAGCGACGAGAUGAAGCUGGAGUACAAUGUUGAUGCAGUGAAUGGCAUUGUCAUGGAGGGCUACCUCUUCAAGCGAGCCAGUAACGCUUUCAAGACCUGGAACAGGAAACCCCCCAGUGGCAUCAGGCGCUGGUUCUCCAUCCAGAAUAACCAGCUGGUCUACCAGAAGAAGUUCAGGGAUGCGCCCACCGUGGUGGUUGAAGACUUGCGUCUGUGCACUGUGAAGCCCUGCGAGGACCUGGAGAGGCGCUUCUGCUUCGAAGUGGUGUCCCCGACCAAGAGCUGCAUCCUGCAGGCCGAUUCGGAGAAGCUGCGGCAAGCGUGGAUCCAGGCUGUGCAGACCAGCAUUGCCAGUGCCUACAGGGAGAAGGGGGAGGAGGCUGAGGUGGAGAGGAAGCGCCCCCCCUCCACAGGAAGCCCCGAGUCCAGCCAGGAGUCCAAAGAGAAGUCGCUGAAGGGGGAAGGCUCCCUCCAGAGGGUCCAGGCCAUUGCUGGCAAUGUGGCGUGCUGUGACUGUGGCAUGGCGGACCCCCGCUGGGCCAGCAUCAACCUUGGCAUCACACUGUGCAUCGAGUGCUCGGGCAUUCACAGGAGCCUGGGUGUCCAUUUCUCCAAGGUCCGGUCCUUGACGCUGGAUUCGUGGGAGCCGGAGCUUUUGAAGCUGAUGUGUGAAUUGGGAAACAGUGUCAUAAACAGGGUUUAUGAAGCAAACAGAGAAAAAAUGGGAGCCAAGAAGCCCCAUCCUGGAAGCCAAAGGUACUUAGCACCCCUCUGCAGGAGCUGCAUCCUGCAGGCCGAUUCGGAGAAGCUGCGGCAAGCGUGGAUCCAGGCUGUGCAGACCAGCAUUGCCAGUGCCUACAGGGAGAAGGGGGAGGAGGCUGAGGUGGAGAGGAAGCGCCCCCCCUCCACAGGAAGCCCCGAGUCCAGCCAGGAGUCCAAAGAGAAGUCGCUGAAGGGGGAAGGCUCCCUCCAGAGGGGCGGACCCCCGCUGGGCCAGCAUCAACCUUGGCAUCACGCUGUGCAUCGAGUGCUCGGGCAUUCACAGGAGCCUGGGUGUCCAUUUCUCCAAGGUCCGUCCUUGACGCUGGAUCUGUGGGAGCCGGAGCUUUUGAAGCUGAUGUGUGAAUUGGGAAACAGUGUCAUAAACAGGGUUUAUGAAGCAAACAGAGAAAAAAUGGGAGCCAAGAAGCCCCAUCCUGGAAGCCAAAGGCAGGAAAAAGAAGAGUACAUCAGAGCCAAGUAUGUGGAACGGCGGUUUGUGUCCCCCGCUGACCCAGGGGGGAAGCCAACCCUGACCCCCAAUCAAGAGGUGAAGAAGCGAGGCAGCCCUGAAAACACAGUAGCCUCUUUGAAAGCCUCCAGCAGCGACCAGGGCCCCCAGCCCGGCAGGGAGGACAGCAGAGAGCUUUUGGUAGCUGUCGCCCCAGCCAGGGUCUUGCACGAACCAGGGGGAGAAAGCCAGGAGAGGGAGGCCGCCUCUGCUGCUGCUUCCCAGGAUGCCAGGCUGUGGAUCGCAGGGCUGCAGCUUUACCAGGCGGCCUACCAGAAGAGUCUUCCCCACAUGGCUGAAGCCCUGGCUCAGGGGGCAGACGUCAACUGGAGCAACCAGGAGAAGAAUGGCUUCACUCCGCUGAUCCAGGCGGUUCGUGGGGGCUCCCUGGUCACUUGCGAAUUCCUCCUCCAGAACGGGGCCAAUGUGAACCUGAGAGAUACCCAGGGCCGAGGGCCGCUGCACCAUGCCACCAUUUUGGGACACACUGGGCAGGUGUGCCUGUUCCUGAAAAGGGGGGCAAACCAGCACGCCAGAGACCAGGACGGGAAGGACCCCUUGAGCGUCGCCAUAGAAGCCGCCAACGCAGACAUCGUGACCCUGCUGCGCUUGGCCAGAAUGAACGAGGAGAUGCGGGAGUCGGAGGGCCUCUACGGCCAGCCAGGAGAUGAAACCUAUCAGGACAUCUUUCGGGACUUCUCCCAGAUGGCCUCCAAUAAUCCAGAAAAGCUAAAACGCUUCCAACCACCAGACACACCGGAGCCCUGAAAGGCCCAAGAGCUGCAACAAAUGAGACCUCCACCCGCCCCCUGUGUACCCUUAUUCCCCCCUCCCCACUUUUUUUAUACAUAAAUCUGCUUCAAUUGCAUACUUGUAAUUGU